AUGUGGAUGGAACUAUGCGGCAACUUGGGCACGUGCAGCAACGUCUGGAAGCUCUCGAUGGUCUUCAUAUCGGUGACUUCGAUCGAAAAGCUGGACAAAAGCGCCGAGACAAGGGACCAAUACAAGCUCCAGAUGCAGGCAUGA